AUGGCAAACAUUCGAAAACCACCUCGAAUUUUAAUCCAAAACUCCUCUCCGCUAAACUUCAGGCUUCCUUUGAUCGGCUUCGCCUCGGUCGGUCACAGUCAUGGAGGCCUCCAGCCUUUCCGCAUCGAGGAUGCAAAGGACAUUGUGAUAAUUCAACGUACCUUCACCCCUAUUUCUUACCAACGCUUUCCCUUCUUCCAAACUCGAGUUCCACAGUGCCUCGUGGUAAACAGAUGCUCGGCAAGUGUCUGUUUCUCACCCCGUCCUUCGGAUUAG